GAGAGAGAGAGAGAGAGAGAGAGAGAGGGUAUUAAGGAGGGCAAUGGUCAAACGUUUUAUGAAACACUGUUGCAUAUUAUAGAAACGUAUUCACCAAACAAUACAUUUAUUAUUCCCUUUUGUCGCGCAGUCAAGCACUCUAUUGAAUUUUUUUUCGGACAAACAGAGGAUGGCGACGGACAAACUACUGGUUAUUACAUGUGUGCUAACUGUGAUUUCCUGUACAAAGGUGACUCCCUUGUCUACGCCAUCGUUUCGAUCGGGUCAAACUGUAACUUCAGAGGCGAUGACCACAUCAACAACUUUGUCUCCCACAGCAAGAAAAAUGAAAAUAACCCAGUUCCCUGAGAGGUCUCUACAUAUCCCGAAGAUCUACGACAUUCCCACUAGUCCCCCAACUUACUCUGGAACCUGUUCACUUAGUACAUCAGUUAUCAAUGUCUAUAUUCUGGCUGUGGUUGUCCUCACGAUUAGCUGUCUGACAUGGCUACCUUGGCCUUGAAGUUAUCGAUCUAGAGAUACAUGAGCUAAGAUGUGUCAUGCAGUUUACUGGUGCAUAAGAUAAUAUGAUGUAGGUCCUUAGUACUACAGCCUACGGAAGGCAGCAAACUAUAUUUUGUAUUUGUAAAUACACAUUGAAUCUAAUUAAUUGUAUCUUAUUAAGUAUUAUGUUUGAAAAUAAAAUGAUGUAUUAUUUGCA